UGAAGCAAACAAGCCGCCACAAGUGAAAAGAAGUCACCAAAUUUGUUUUCAGUGAAUCUUUUCUGGGAAACAAAUUUGCAUUUUUGAAUUAUUUGUCUCAAAACAAUUUAUAAUACUAUGCCUAAUUUCAAUUUAAGAUCACAAAAAACUGUAGUAAUUCCUCGACCAAAACUUGUGACCAGGCCAGCAGUGGCUGUUAAAGAUUCUCCAAAAAUUGAAAAUGAAACCCAAGAUACCAAAAAGCAUGCUUUUUGUUGCAAUUGGAAGAAAUGCACAGAAGAGUUGAGUUCUAGCUUAGAACUCGACCAACACCUUCGCAAACACUUGGAAAACAUUCGUCUCAAAGCUCCUUACACUUGCAAGUGGAAUUCAUGUAAUUUUUCAUGCACUUGUUCAACUGAACUACAACGACAUGUCUACUAUCAUGGAUAUCACUCGACUUUGUUAAAUAUUGGCCGAGUUGAAUGCAAAAAAGCCAAAAUUCCAGAUUGUGCUAUCAUCGAAACUAACAAAAACUCUCUGCCAGAACUUAAGCAUAACUUUGAAUGCCAUUGGGUGAAUUGCAAUCGCAAUUUUGUCUCUGUUAUUGAGUUCCAAAACCACGUUGCCCUCCAUUCUUCCUUCGACUAUGAUAUGUUAAGGACACACGAAGAAAAUAUGCCUAAAGCAAGAUGCAAUUGGCAGUAUUGUAAGAAAAUAUUCAAUAACAAGUACCGACUCACAGAGCACACUCGAAUGCAUUCCAAUCAAAAACUAUUUGGAUGCUUUAACUGCGGCGAACUCUUUCGUACAAAAACAACAUUAUUCGAUCAUUGUAGACGACAGGAGAGUAAUAAUACACACAAAUAUCAGUGCGGACAAUGUUUUAAAUUCUACGCAACUGAGAAACUUCUGCGGAAUCAUGUGGUGACCCAUGUAAACUGUCUCAAAUGCUCAAUGUGUGAUAUGACUUGCAAUUCUUCCAAUGCUCUCGCCACUCAUAUUCGCUAUCGCCAUUUGAAAGACCGACCGAUUCGAUGUCCUGAUUGCGAUUACAGUUGUGUUACCAAGUCGGAUUUGGCUAAACACAAGCGACAUAUUCAUAUUAAGUGUACGCAACGAUGUGGAGAAGCCGGUUGCAGUUACACAGUUAAGUCGUAUCAUUCCCUUCGAAAGCAUUAUCUCGAAGUUCAUGCCAAUAGUCCAUCGAUAUAUCUCUGCCAUUGUUGCGAUAAGCUAUUUAAAUAUGGGAAUCUUCUGUCAAAGCAUUUGAUUGCUAAACAUAAAUUCCAAUUACCUUCGGGGCACAAACGUUUUACGUAUCGUAUUGAUGAAAAUGGCUUCUAUGUUCUGGAAACAACACGAAUAGAAAGCUUAGAAGUGACUAGACAAAUUUUGUCUCCGGUUAUGUUUGAAGUUUCCGAAUUAACUGAAGAUAGUAAUUGUGAAGUAGUAAAUAAUGAAACUACGUCUAAAUCUAAACAAGACUCGCUUCAACAGUUGGUUACUAUAACUCUUGAUGACGAAGACUGAUUAAUUUAAAAAAAAUUUGAAUUAAGAAACAAGUGGGACAUUGUUGUAAUAAGAAAACAUGUAUUUGUUUUAAAAGUUUUGAAAUAAUUUAAUAGAUAAAUGUAUUUUUUUUUUUUCAA